AACGCCAGAUGGCACUGAACGAAAUAUAGCUUCAAUUUUCAAUAAAAAGUACAGACUGUUUUUUUGGAAAUGUUCUUACCGGAAAAAUUAAAGUUUAGAUUGAUAACUAAAUUAUUUUGUUCACAACAAGUUUGAAAUAUCUGCAUGAUAGUAUACAUGACUUAAGAUUUGUUCCUUUUAGUCUGUUUCUUUCACCUUGUUCUAUAAAAAAAAAUUUAAAUGUUAAUUGCACUUCCAUAAAGCUUUAAAGGAAAGAUUACUUUCAGUGCAAGAAUAACAUUUACAGAAAAUUUCGCAACCAGUCAUUUAAAUGUGAAAUUCCGUGCUUUUUUCGAAAAACAUCAUUAAUUAAACAUUACUUUUCCAACGUUUACUGGAAACCAAAAAAAAACGCAACCAUGUUUAACUGCCUCCGAUUGACGUCGUGCGCAAUCCGGUCUUCCGGUUCCGGUUUUUCAAAUCUCGCACUGCGCGGUUUCAGCCGUUCGUUUAUGGGAACAAAAUCAGGCAUCACAACCGGCAGAAUUUUACAAAAUGUUAACAAGGCCAACAUUCUUCCGACCGGGCGAAUUCUGCAGACCACCCUCACCCGAUACUGCACCAAACCGGAUGUGGCAGAGAAGGGCCGCAAAGCCGUCGGCUACUGGCUGCUCGGUUGCAGCGGAAUGGUUUUCGUGGCCGUCGUACUAGGUGGUGUUACUCGAUUGACUGAAUCGGGACUCUCGAUGGUAACCUGGAAGUUGCUUGGAGAAAAGAUGCCUCGGACCGACCAGGAGUGGCAGGAAGAAUUUGAAAGGUAUCAGCAGUUCCCGGAGUUCAAAAUAAAAAACAAAGACAUCACACUCGGAGAGUUUAAGAUGAUCUGGUUCAUGGAAUAUGGACACCGCAUGUGGGGACGGCUUAUUGGAGCAUUCUACGCCCUUCCUGCAGCCUACUUUUGGUCCAGAGGUUAUUUCGACCGAGGUAUGAAAAUUCGUACCCUCCUUUUUGGUGCCCUUAUCGGAGCCCAAGGACUGAUGGGAUGGUAUAUGGUCAAAUCGGGCCUAGAAGAUCGCUUUCAUCAAGAGAGCGAUGUACCUCGCGUGUCGCAGUAUCGCUUGGCAUCCCAUCUAGGAUUUGCAUUUGCCCUGUACACUUUGUUCCUUUGGUCAGCUUUAGAUAAACUGUUGCCUGCCCAGAAGCUAUUGGGACAGAUUCCGGCAGCGACCCUUAAGUUCAAACGAUUGGUUCACUUUUCAAAGGCGGCCGUUUUCGUAACGGCUAUGUCCGGAGCAUUUGUAGCGGGUUUAGAUGCCGGACUGAUUUACAACUCAUUCCCAAAAAUGGCCGACCGAUGGAUACCCAGCGACAUCCUAGCCAUGUCACCAGCAUUGAAAAAUUUCACCGAGAAUCCCACGACAGUUCAAUUCGAUCACCGGAUUCUAGGAACCGGUACCCUAACACUCAUCACCGGACUUUUCCUGCUGUCACGUAGAAGGGUUCUUCCUCCGCGAGCUUACACGGCCACCGCUGCGCUUGCUGCCAUGGGUUGGCUCCAGGUUGCCCUGGGAAUUACUACACUGUUGACCUACGUACCGGUGCCAUUGGCCGCUAGUCAUCAAUCGGGAUCGCUGAUACUACUUUCCUUGGCCAUAUGGUUGUCACACGAGAUGAAACUUAUUCGAAGACUACCAAAGUAAAUCGAUAAUAGGAAAAAAUGUUCAAAUGCUUAGAGUAAUCGACAGUGUAAGCGUAGGCAUGAGCUUGAUGAAAUACGUUGCGAUUAAAUGAACGUAGAGUAUUUUCUUUUUGUAGCGUUUAAAUAGCUGUGAGAAGCUGACGCAACCCUUUCCUUCCCAUAGUAGCACUCAGGUGAUCCACAAUUUUGCACAGCUCGCAUUUUAAGUGGGCACCUUGGAUCAACACCAUUUCAGACUGAAGAAUGAAAGCAAUAUAUGAAGAAGCAUUAUACAAAAUUUGAAGAAAAUCGAUUCACUAAGUUUUGGCUCGGCAUGUCAAAAGUUGUGUAAAAGUCGAAAUUUAAAUCAACUGGUUUUAUAUGUUCAUAAUUCGACAUAUUUUCAAAACUAUGCUCAGAGGAACUUUUGAGUUUGUGAUCAUUAAAGGUAAUGAGAAUUGCAUUUUGUCGUUAUUUCUUGUUUUUUUAUUUGGAGACUUUGUGUUGUUAUCUUCUCAAUGAAGCAUAUAUGAUCGACUUCAAAAACUAACUUUAUCGACUGAAUCUUUAAGUAACUUAGGCAUUUUUCGUUAUAGAACUUAAGUUGUAUUAUUUCUAUUUUUAAAACGUGGAAACCUUUUGGGAAGGAAAGGGUUAAAAAGAAAUGAAAGUGGAAAAACACAUAAAUCUAGGAUGCUAGUCCCUCGACCACUGGUGAGCGUCAUUAAAUGAACGUCAAGUAAUAAAACAAAAUUGCGAGGAAAACAUGCAAAUUCAAACGUAGAACAUUGGCAAUGGUUGUAGCCAGAAACGUACUUCAUCGACAAGCUCAGGUAUAAGUUAGUUUUUAACUUGUUUAAAAUAAAUUGGUUCCUUACUCAAAUAUAUUGCAUUUGAACAUUAA